AUGCCCGAAGACGCCGUUAAAGUAAAUAUUUUGCAUACAUUGAUACAAAAUGUGCUCAAUAUAACGAUAAGGAAGUCGGAAAGGAGCCAGGCGCAGCCAAACCAGUCGGAGCAGCCGAAGUUGUACGUAGGCCACCUGUACGGAAGAGUAAGCGGCGUGGAAGACACGGAAAACAAGUACCUGGGAGUGGAAGACCUGGACGACGUGGUUCGCUCAGUGAUAUACGUGUGCAUACUACACAACAAAAACGUGCUGGUAAACCUGAACGACUCGUACACGAGGAUUAGCAACGGAAUCACUAAAAUAAGCAAAGGCCAGGGGCUGAGUCAGCUGUUUAAAGCAGAGGAGGUGACCAGAGCGAGCAGUGAGCCGCUGAAAUCGGAGCUGAUUUCGGCGCUGGAGAAUGUGCAGGCGACGCUGGUGGCGAACGCGUCGCUGAUCAUGAUCUUCCCAAUAUACUUCAACCUCACUGACGUAAUCAACGAAAGCGAGAUCAAGAGAGCGUACCUGGACGUGUUAGACGAGAAGGUGCUGUCUGAGGUGUUCCUGGACUUCGCAACCUCCACACACAACAGCAGUUUCCUGCAAAACAUGACGACGGCGAUGUGGGAGAGCGACAGCAACGCAGCGAAAGUGAGCUACACGAACGUGUUCAACAUGAUGAGAGUGAGGAUGGCGGCGAGAGGGCUGAAGAGCAGCAGCGCAAGCGAAGUUAAGUUCCUGACGGAGGCGCUCGGAUGUAAGCCAGUGGCGGAGCUGUUCCUGGAAAACAUACGCAAGUUUGAACUGGAACAGCCGUUCUUCAAGUCGUGCGGAGUGAAGAGAGAGCUGAUGACGAUAUUCGGAAGAAUGCUCUCAGUAACGUCGCUGGACGAGGAGGCGUACCAGGCGUGUAAGCUGCUGGGCCUGAAGAACAUAUACGAGGCGAGCAAGGUGGACAGAACGAGCGACUUCUACGGAAAGAGAGACCUGAACCACAUCAAGUCGGUCAUCAACGCGAAGAGGUUCGAGGCGGAACACGCAAUGAACGGACUGCUGCAGAUGCUGAAGGUGAUACUGAAGUCCGACGCAGCAGCGAGGAACGAGAUCCUGUCGAUCCUGGGGAGGAUAGUGGCCUUCAACGUGAACAGGAAGAAGAUAUACGGACUGACGAACAUAGACAGCGCGCCCUUUAGCAUGGACAGCAUGUACUACCACAAGCUGGUGAUGAUCUCGGACAACACCUUCGGCUACGGCAUAAACCUGACGUGGCUGCUGCUGCUGCUGGCGCAGGGAAUCAGCGUGGCGAAGGCGGACGAAAUAGAGCCUUCAUACUGCCAAACGGCAAGCAUGGCGAGCAGGAAGCUGAAGUCAUUGAAGGUAAAACCAGUAAACGGAGUGGCCGCAGAAGCCACCUCAGAAGGCGCAGAAGCAGAAGACGCGGAAAACGGUACAUCAGGCCGGACUAGCACCGACACACAGACAGCUAGUUCUGAAGCCGCUAACACACUAUCCGUUAGUUCUGCAGUCGGUAACACACAAGUGGCCGGUACAACCACAUUAGUUGGUAACAGACAAGCAGGUACUAGUGCUGCAACCGUAAAUACUGCACCCGGGGCCACGACAGCAGUUGGAAAUACAGAAGGUGAAGCAUAUAUGAAGGAGCAACUGACAAAAAUUGAGACUGAAAUGACAAAUAUACUGGGAUUCCUAUGUAACUCAUCGUGUAUGGGAGACGAGAACGACGUGAGGGAGGCGCUGAGGACGAUGGGAGUGGACGCAGUGACGCUGUACAAUAGUAAGUUCAUAACGCAGAUAUUCUGGCUGACACUCAAGGGAGUGAACAUGCUGUUCAUGCCAGCACUGCAGGAAAACCUGAAGCUGCUGACGCAGGCACUCAACUACGCAAGCACGUCGCAGAACCUGAGCGCGAACGACGAUAAGCUGGCGAACUACAUAUCGCACGUGUACGUGUGGAGGACGCCGCUGCAGCACCCGGCGCUGCUGAAGGCGCUCUGGCACUACGUGAACAUAGCGCUGCGAGUGUUUCUGCGCUGCUUCCUGCUCUACGACGCGAAGGGAGGAGUGAAGGAGGACUACAAGGGGCUCUACGACAGCGCGAAGGGCAAGUUCAGCGCGCUCGUGGAAAAGUACUGCGAACACGUGCUCGACACGGACAAGGCGGCGGCGCCGCCGCAGUUCACAGCGCUGCCAGUGGAGCUGAUAGAAACGGUGCUCGACCUGGUGAAAAACAUGACGAUUCUGAGGCAGUACGACCACUACAUCAAGCCGGCGGAGGGAGACCCGCUGGAGGGGAUGGACUUCGAGCUGGUGAUCUCGGCCUGCAUCUUCAUCAUGAAGUGCCCGAACGACGUCAUCAAAAACAUACACAUCAAGUGCGACAUGGCGUGCUCGACGAUACUCUACCUCUGCAAGUUCUCGGAGCAGUCGGCGGCGAAGUUCGAGAACAGCAGCGUCUGCAAGCAGCACCUGAUGGACGCGCUCGUGCGCACCUUCAUCUCCUCGCAGAAGUCGAACUACAACACGAGGAUCUCCUCGCGACUCAACAUCAUCCAGAGCUUCACGCAGUUCUUCGUGCACGCCUCGUACAAGAGGAGCUUCGUCUCAUGCAUCAUCUCGAAGAAGGACCUCUUCGUGCAGUUCAUGCACCUGCUGCUAAACGACACGAACUUCCUGGUGGAGGAGGUGGUCUCGUACCUCACGGAGAUUCGGAGGCGCGAGGUCGCAGGAAUAUCGCUGGAGGAGGCGCCGGGUCAGGCCGGUGGCGGAGACCAGCAGGGGGCGGCGAGCGGGGCCUCGGGCUCGGGAGGAGGCUCGAGCAGCAGCUCCGCCGCCAGGAACCCCAGGGGCCAGGACUACGACGACGCCGACCAGUACGUGCAGGAGGGCGCGAUUGACGCGAACCAGCUGAAGUCGAUGAGCGGACCCGAGCUGAAGAGCAGGACGCGCAGCUUCGUCGAGUACGGCUUCGAGAUAUGCUCGCUGCUGAACAUUCUGUGCAGCGAGUUCCCCUCCGACAUCACCAGCAGCUCGGUGCUGCUGCCGCAGGUGGCCACGUGCCUCGGCUGCUGCCUGGAGAGUCUGGCGGGCCCGAAGUGCCUGCAGCUGAAGGUGAAGAACAUGGACGAGUACGGGUUCAAGCCGCGCGAGUGGCUGUCGAAGAUAAUGAAGUGCUACAUCGCCCUGUACGAGAACGACCCGGACUCGAGGUCGACUGCGAGUUCAAUAGACAGCUUAUCGUCAGGUUCUGUCGUCGGUACUGCUACCGGUGUACCUGUUGCCGGUGUUACCGCCUCCAAUGCUACCGGUACCAUUACCACUGGUGUUACUGGUACUGUUGCUGGUGAUACUGUGUCUGAUGUUACUGGUACUGUUGCUGGUGAUACUGGCACCGCUGUGGGCGCUCCCUCAGACCAGGCGAACUCCGAAGAAAACUACGACUACGAGGACGAAAACAACCCCUUCGUGAAGGCGGUGGUGGCGGACGAGCGCUACUACAAGCCGGAGCUCUUCACGCGGUGCGUCAGGUUCGCGACGCGCGAGAUGCUGCUGAGCUACAAGUCAAUCAAGUCGUUCAACAAGCUCGCAAACAGACUCCUGGAGCACGCCAAGAGGACGAGUCUGCUCUACGAGAACGCGUCGAACGCGGAGAUCCCCGAGCACUUCCUCGACCCGAUCAUGAUGGACGUGAUGGAGGACCCUGUGCUCCUGCCCACCAGCGGGAAGGUCAUGGAUCGCAAGAACAUUGAGCGCCACCUGAUGUCCGAGGCCACGGACCCCUUCACGCGCGCGCCUCUGGACCGCUCCCAGCUCGUCGACCAGCCCGAUCUGAAGAGGGAGAUAGUUGCCUUCCUGAGGUCGCUUUCACGGUCGAGCGCCUAG